AUGAACCAAACUGUUCCUGUGAGAGUCCUUAAUCUGAAGGACUGCGAGAUCAAACUCUCGGAGGGCACCUUCCUAGGAAAAAUUGAGGAGGUAGAUGUUGACCAGAAGUUCAACAAUGCAGAGGAAGUUUUCCCUCCUGCAGAAACAAAACAUUUACAAAACUCUGUAGGUGUGGAUAUAUGUGUUCCUUUACACUUGCAGGACCUUUUCUCAGAAUCCUCGAAUGGCCUGACAAAUCCUCAGAGACAGAGACUCUGUAUGCUUCUAAAGAAGUUCCCUGAUAUCUUUGCAAAGGACGACUACGACUUGGACACUUUCAGCGGUGUAAAACAUCGAAUUCACACCGUUGAAGCAAAGCCAAUACGCCAGCCAGCCAGGAGAACUCCAUUAGGAUUCCAAGGCGAAGAAGAUGCCCACCUUCAAAAACUGAUGGAAACUGGAGUUGUCAAGUUCCGAGUGGGCAUCACCAGUAGUGUUAGUUCGGAAAAAAGACGGUGGAGUGCGAUGAGGCGGUUUGUUAGGGGUUAUGCCGAGAUUGCUCUACCAUUACACGAUCUGACAAAGAAAGAUGCUAAAUUUGAAUGGGGAGAUCGGCAAACCGAGGCGUUUGAGGCACUAAAGAAGUCAAUCACCGCCUCUCCAGUUCUGGCUUAUCCACUUGACAACUGCAGGUUUGUUCUGGACACGGAUGCAUCAAACCGGAGUAUAGGUGCCGUCCUUUCGCAAAUCAAGAACGGAGAGGAGAAGGUUGUGGCCUAUGCAAGCAGAAGAUUGACUCUCGCCCAAGAAAAAUACUGUGUGACACGACGGAAACUUCUUUCAGUUGUAGCUUUCUGUACACAUUUCAAACACUACAUUCUCGGCCAUAGGUUGUCACUGCGAACAGAUCAUAGCAGCCUGUCUUGGCUUUUCCGCUUCAAAUCACCACAAGGACAACUAGCAAGAUGGCUGGAGGUGAUUAGUCAAUACUCCUUUGACAUUGAGCACCGUGCUGGAAAGAUGCAUGUUAAUGCGGAUGCUUUGUCACGGAUCCCCGAUGAUGUCUCCUGCCCUUGUUAUUUCGCUGGCGCGACGAUUGGGACACUUCCUUGCGGGGGAUGUAUGUUCUGUGCAAACUUGCAGACCGCAUGGGAGAGAUUUGAGGAAGACGUUGAUGAUGUUGUGCCUAUAGCUGUUCGGUCCACAAAGGUACCUGUUAAGGAUUGUAUGAAAGAAUCGGAGAACGACAACAUCAAAUGUGAUGUUUCUGAGUGUAAUUGGCUGCAGACGAAAAGUCCAAAAGAGCUCCAUGAAGAGCAAAUGCAAGAUGAGGAUCUAAAAACUUUGCAUGCCAUAGUAUGCAAUGGAGAGACAAUGGCCGAGGAGGAGGCCCAGGCCAGUAGUCCCGCCCUGCGGAAAUACUUGCUUACCCUCCCACAACUCAAACUGGUACAGGAUGUCCUCUACUACCAAUGGGAGUAUGCUGGACAGGAGUCAGUGCGAAUCCUGAUACCGUUCCAACUAAGGAAGGAAGUCAUACAGGCCUGUCAUGGGGCCAUAUUCUCAGGUCACCAAGGGGAGAAGAGAACCCUUGAGCGAGUGAAGAAAAGCUUUCACUGGCACAGCAUGUCAACAGAUGUGGCCAUAUUUGUCAGAAAAUGUCAUGCCUGUGCCUCAGAGAAAAAGAACACAAAGACAAUGAGAGCAUCUCUCUAG